UUGGUGUGAAGUGAAUCUUUGUACAGAAAUUCUGACUUCCUCUAUCAACGUCAUCCAUAGAAAUUUUCUCCAACCGAGCCGCCCCUUUUUUUGUUUCUUCCAUUUAAUAAACGCCAUCCAAUUUUAUCACAAACUUUUAUCUUUAUUUCUCUUUGUUCCUUCUGUUCUUUAACACUUUGCUUCUGUAAACAAUUUAAACUAAGCACACAGAUUGAGCAUUUUCAGCUUCUUGGCUGUUUUUGUCAUCUGGGGUUAACAUCAAAAUCCAAGUAAGGCACAAAUGAUGGGUGGACAAGCAAUAACUGAUCCUGGAGCGGAAAUCAAAGUAAGUUUUGGAUAUCACUGUAAUUCCAACACUGAUGAUUCUGGCGAUGAAUCAGAUGGUAUUGACAUGCGUCCUGGAACUAAACUUCGAAGAGCCAACAGUUCCUUCUCUUGCCUUUCUGGUGCUGCUCUAAGUGCCAAUGCCACACUAGCUAACACAAAUAUUUGCAACGGAUUGCUUGGGGCUGAGAUACUGCCCGCACUGGAUUCACCUACUUCAUUCCGCAGGAUACCCUCUUCUCCAUCCUUUUCAAAGUUGGAUUUAUUGUCAUCGUCUUUUCAGAGUAGUUUGUCAAACUUAAGUUGUAGUCCGUCCUCUCCAAGUGAGCUAGCUGAAGACAAUUCAUCUUCAAUGAAAUCUUCGAGUGAAAGCUUCUUUAAUGCAACAGAAGUUAAAAUAGCGGGUGGUGCUGCGGGUGAAGACAGAGUACAGGCUGUCUGUUCAGAAGAGAACGACUCGCUUUUCUGUGCCAUAUAUGAUGGAUUUAAUGGAAGAGAUGCAGCUGAUUUUCUGGCUGGAACAUUGUAUGAAACAAUUAGACAUUACCUUAGUUUAUUGGACUGGGAACUCGAACGAGAUUCUAAAGUUAAUAAGGGCUCAUAUGUUGAUUGCUUUGGUAAUGCGCUUCCUUAUUUAGAUGUGGAGAAGCCGUGUACCUCUUUUAAGCAAAAAGUACUUAAUAGCCUGGAACAGGCUCUUACUCAAGCUGAGAACGAUUUCCUUCACAUGGUUGAACAGGAAAUGGAUGACCGUCCUGACUUAGUAUCGAUUGGAUCCUGUGUAUUAGUUGCGCUUCUACUUGGGAAGAACUUGUAUGUGCUCAAUGCAGGAGAUAGUCGAGCUGUAUUGGCAACUUGUGGUGAAAGCAUCGUUACUAAUAGUGAUGGACGAUUGCAAGCUGUUCAGCUUACUGUUAGUCAUACUGUCGAUAAUGAAUCUGAAAGAAUCCAACUAUUAAAGAAUCAUCCUGAAGAUCACUCAACGAUCGUGGGUGGGAAAGUCAAGGGAAAGCUAAAGGUUACUCGGGCACUUGGAGUUGGUUACUUGAAAAAGAAGAGUAUGAAUGAUGCUUUGAUGGGAAUUCUUCGCGUCCGAAAUCUAAUCAGUCCUCCAUAUAUUUCUGUACAACCGUCUCUGACUGUACAUGAAAUAUCAAGUUCUGAUCAUUUUGUUGUACUUGGAAGCGACGGUCUAUUUGACUUCUUCAACAAUGAUGAGGUUGUAAAGCUUGUCCAUUCUUAUAUUCAACGUUACCCUUUUGGCGAUCCAGCCAAAUUUCUGCUGGAGCAGCUUGUAAUUCGAGCAGCAGAUUGUGCAGGAUUUAGUAAGGAAGAGUUGAUGAGCAUACCAGCUGGGAGGAGGAGGAAAUAUCACGACGAUGUGACAGUAAUUGUGAUAAUCCUUGGAAUGAACAAACGAACCUCAAAAGCAUCGACUCGCCUAUGAGUUUCUCAAUCUGAAGAACAAUUUUGUCUAUUCUUUUUCAUUUAUUUUUGUAUUUUGAUCCUGAGGUAAGGGAACCGAGGUCCGGGAUAGGGAGGAGAGGAGGGGGUUGUUUUGCUUAUGUUAGAAGUAUUAUGUUAUUCACCAUUUUUAGAUUUGUUUGAACUUGUUCUGCAAAAGACCUUCACUUCAUUUGUAAUCUAUUGUAUAGUUUGCUUAUGUUAGAGUUAUUAUGUUAUUCACCAGA